GCGAAAUUUGAGACUGCAAAUUCACACAUGCAGCUCUAUUUGUUCAUUUCUCUCUCUCUUUUCUUCACUUAUGGCCAUUCCAAAACAGAUAUCUCUCUUGGGUACCAGCUCACUGUGGCAGUGCCCAUUGAAUACAGUUUAGGAUUCAUUGGGAGAGCAUUUUUUAUGGAGACAAAUGAAAUCACACAAACUUUUAAAACUGCAUUAAGUGUUGAAGCUGUGAAUGACAAAUACUCAUGCUCCUUGGAAGUCUUUCUUGGAGAUGUCAAGGUUUGGAACUCUGGUCAUCACUCAAAGUUUUAUACUUCAAAUAUAUGCGUCCUUCAACUCACCCAAGAUGGAGAUUUGAGGUUGAAGGGUCCAAAAGACAGAGUUGGAUGGAGAACUGGGACUUCUGGACAAGGUGUGAAGAGGUUACAGAUAUUAAGGACAGGAAAUUUAGUUCUGCUAGAUGGGUUGGGCAAUAUCAAGUGGCAGAGUUUUAAUUUUCCAACUGAUGUAAUGCUUUGGGGUCAGAGACUAAGUGUGGCUUCUAGGUUGAUUUCAUUUCCAACCAACUCCACUUCAUACUACUCACUUGAAAUUGAACAGAGCAGGAUUGCUCUCUACUUGAAUUCUGGUAAGUGGAACUAUUCCUAUUGGGAAUUUAAGCCUACCAAGAACAGAAACAUCGCUUAUGUUCAAUUGGGUCGCAAGGGUUUAGAGUUAUUCAAUGAUAAACAAAAGAAAAUUGCGGAGAUUCAUCCAUCUGAUCAUCAAACAGUUCAGUUUGGUCAGCCCCUGAGGUUCUUAGCAUUGGGGAACAGAACAGGAAAUUUGAAGCUAUAUUUUUACUCACCCAGCAUUGCUAAAUUUGACGCUGCUUUUCAAGCACUCAACACCACAUGUGAUCUUCCAUUGGCUUGUAAGCCUUAUGGGAUUUGCACCUUGUCCAGUGCUUGUUCAUGCAUUCAAGUUUUGAUAGCCGAAAAUGAGACCAGUAGAAGUGGUAAUUCUGAUUGCAGUCAAGGAAUUUCAGGUGGGUUUUGUGGCAAUGGCAAGACUAAAGCAGAGAUGCUUGAAUUAAAGGGUGUUGGUAGUGUUUUGAGGGGUGCUCCUAAAAUAGUUAAUGUGAGCAAAGAAGCAUGUGCUAGUUUGUGCUUAGAAGACUGUAAUUGUACAUCUGCAUUAUAUUCAACUGCAAAAGGAGGCAUGGAAGUAGAAGAGUGCUUUCUUUAUGGAAUGGUAAUUGGGGUUAAACAAGUUGAAAGGGGAAAUGAAUUGAGCUACAUGGUUAAGGUUCGAAAAGCAGCUCAUGGGGGCCAUGGAAAGUCCAAUUUGAAAAGGUGGGUUUUGGUCCUGGUGGGAGUGGUUGAUGGGUUGAUUAUUCUUCUGGUUUUUGGAGGCCUUGGCUACUACAUGAUAAAGAAGAGAAGAAAACACACAUUGCCUAAUGGCCAUAACAAUUGACUCUAAGUCUUCUUGUCAGUCAGAUUUCAAGGCCAUCAUACAAUUUUUUU